UCCCGGGGCCUCUGGAAACCACAGCGAGCUGGGCCAGCCGCCCCUGAGCGGCAGGAUGGCCGAGGGCAAGGCGAGCGGCGCCGCCGGCCUCUUCGCCAAGCAGGUGCAGAAGAAGUUCAGCAGGGCCCAGGAGAAGGUCCUACAAAAAUUGGGGAAAACUGUAGAAACCAAAGAUGAGCGAUUUGAACAAAGUGCCAGCAACUUCUAUCAACAACAGGCAGAAGGCUACAAGCUCUACAAGGACCUGAAGAACUUCCUUAGUGCAGUCAAAGUGAUGCAUGAAAGUUCAAAAAGAGUGUCAGAAACCCUGCAAGAAAUCUACAGCAGUGAAUGGGAUGGUCAUGAGGAGCUGAAGGACAUUGUAGGGAAUAAUGAUCUCCUUUGGGAAGACUAUGAAGAGAAACUGGCUGACCAGGCUUUGAGGACCAUGGAAAACUAUGUAGCCCAGUUCAACGAGAUUAAGGAAAGAAUUGCCAAGAGGGGUCGAAAACUUGUGGACUAUGAUAGUGCCCGUCACCACCUAGAGGCCAUACAGAAUGCUAAGAAGAGAGAUGAGGCCAAGACUGCCAAGGCUGAGGAAGAGUUCAACAAAGCCCAGAGUGUGUUUGAAGACCUAAACCAGGAACUACUGGAGGAGCUGCCUAUUCUUUUUAAUAGUCGUAUUGGCUGUUAUGUGACCAUCUUCCAAAACAUUUCCAACCUGAGGGAUGUCUUCUACAGGGAGAUGAGCAAGUUGAACUACAAUCUCUACGAGGUGAUGAGCAAACUGGAGAAGCAACAUUCCAACAAAGUCUUUGUGGUGAAGGGACUAUCAAGCAGUGGCAGGUGCUCUUUAGUCAUCUCUCCCCCAGUUCGAACAUCUACAGUCUCCAGCCCUCUUACCUCACCCACCAGCCCCUCUUCACAUUCCUUGACAAGUGAGACUGAAUCUAUCUCAGCAACUGAAGAAGAGUUGACACCUGAUGCAGCCCAAGGAGAAGAUGAUUAUAAGAUCAAAGAAGAAUCCUUAAAAGACAAGGAAAUAGAGGAGGGAGAGUCUGAACCAAGCUCCCCUGAGAAGGAAGAGCCUCUACCAGCCUGUAAUGGCCCAAUCCAGGGCCAGCCCACACCCACCAUUGACAGUGACAAGUGCCAGGAGGAAGUUCUCCCUAGCGUCCCAGCUCCAGCAUCAGAGAAAUCCCUGAACCCUUCAAAGCAACCAUCCUCUCUUCCAGAAGUAGUCCUACGAACCCGCACCUUAAGUGAAGAAUCUGAACAACCAAAGAAAAGAGCUUCUAUCCAUAGGAUCUCAGCACCUCCUUGUAGGCCUCCCCCACCCAGAGCCUCUCCAAGCCCCAGGCCCGCCUCAGGGAACAUACCCUCUAGUCCUCCAGCCUUUGGAGGGGGUUCACCUUCUAGCCCCAGGGCCCUCUUGGGGACUGGGACUCCAAGUCCUAGGGCCUCCUUAGCAGCCUCUCCUGAUCCAGAACCACCAGAGAAGCCAUUAAGAACUCCUGAAGCCAGAGAAAAGGAAAACUCUCACAAUCUGAACCCAGAAGAACUUUGUACUUCCCCCACCUUGCACACCUCCCAGGUUUUUUCAGGGCCUGGAGAGGUGGAGAAGAUGGAAGACAAAGAAGAAGACAAUGAACUUAUCUCAGCCAGCUCUCUUGAGGCCCAAGGCCCUCAACUCCAUGUCUCUGCACUUCCAGGAGAAAAUAUCACAGCACCUGAGCCUCAAGAAGAGAUAUCUGUAAGUCAAACUGCACAACUCUGAAGAGAAACUGCCAAGACCUCCUCUAUACAUGUCUCCCCAGAGGAACUCCUUAACCAAAGGGGAUAGGUCAAGGGGUAUAACGCCACAUUCACUUCUAGGUGCUCAGGCAGUGUGGAUGCUGGUCAUCUCCAAGACCUGGCAUUAAUGGAUGCU